CUUGGUUUUAUCAUUCUGGAUAAAUGUAACAAUCCGUUAACGCCAAAGCUGAAUCGAAUAAUGAUGCUGGGCUUAGGUUUUGCCUGUGUACUUAUUGGUUUCCUUGCAACACGUAUGUUUAUGAAAAUGAAAAUGCCAUCCUACCUCCAAGGCAUGGUUGGUUGA